UGGUACUGGUCCAGUCACUCGUGUAUGUGGUGUGUGCUGCUAGUUACAUGUAGCUGGUGCCCCUUCGCCUAGGGCUGCUGGGGUACUGUAAGUCUCAGCAUGCCUAUGUCCAGCACUCAUACAGGUUCUAGUUUAUGGCAUAUGACUAAUCCUUCACCAUAAAGAGGACCCCAUGUCUUUUCUCCGUUGGGUUUCAGAUAAGAUCCUGGUUGAUGGUUUGAGAGAAUUAGAGUUUUUUGGAGACUCGCAUUUAGGGGACUCCCGAAGGAAAACGGAUGAAGCAGCCAGUGCAGAGUCUAUAGCCUCCUGUCGUGGUCCGGACACCAUGGGGGUAUACACACCGGACAGUACUUGUUAUGAUCUGCUCACUAUUAUAGGAAAAGGCUUUGAUGACCUGAUGACCGUCAACUUAGCACGCUAUAAACCAUCCGGAGAGUAUGUUUGUAUCAGAAGGGUUAAUAUGGAGUCCUGCACCAAUGACAUGGUUGCUUUUCUGCAGACUGAACUCCACGUGUCCAAGCUGUUCAAUCACCCCAACAUCCUCCCGUACAGAGCAACCUUCAUUUCUGAUAAUGAGCUGUGGGUGGUCACCCCGUUCAUGGCUUAUGGAUCAGCCAAAGAUCUGAUCUGCACACACUUCACUGAUGGCAUGAGUGAGCUGGCAAUCGCUUACAUCCUGCUGGGAGUGCUGAAAGCCCUGGAUUAUAUUCAUCACAUGGGAUAUGUACACAGGAGUGUGAAGGCCAGUCACAUUCUCAUCUCCGUGGAUGGUAAAGUUUACCUUUCUGGUCUGCGCAGCAUCCUUAACAUGAUAACACAUGGACAGCGUCUUAAAGUCGUCCACGACUUCCCCAAGCACAGCUCAAGGGUCCUCCCAUGGCUUAGCCCGGAGGUCUUACAGCAGAACCUACAGGGGUAUGAUGCCAAAUCUGACAUCUACAGUGUGGGGAUCACAGCGUGUGAACUGGCUAAUGGUCAUGUGCCAUUCAAGGACAUGCCAACGACACAGAUGCUCCUGGAGAAGUUGAAUGGCACAGUACCCUGCCUGCUGGACACCGCUACCAUUCCCGCCUCCGAACUCACCAUGAUGACCUCUCGCUCAGGGGCUGACUCUGGCAUUGGUGAGGGGACAUCCUGUCGCCCGUCCAAUGGGGAGCCAAGCAUGCAUCCAUACAAUCGCAGCUUCUCUCCUCAUUUCCACAACUUAGUGGAGCUGUGUCUGCAGAGGAACCCUGCACUCAGGCCGAAUGCUGGCACACUGCUCAAUCAUUCCUUUUUCAAACAGAUAAAGCGCAGAGCGUCAGAAGCCCUCCCUGAGCUACUCCGUCCUGUGUCACCCAUCACCAACUUUGAAGGAGCAAGGAAUUCAGAGCCCCAUGGUGUGAUGGAGUUGGCAUCUGAUCUGGAGCACUUGGAUGUGGACGAUUGGGACUUUUGAGGCAAAAAGGAGGGACUGGGUAGGGGAUGGGGAGGAUACAAAUCCUGUUAAUGUUUACACCGCAUAGGCCCCAUGGGAGGGGUCUCACUUAUUGUAGGUGCAUGAGGAAACCUACCACCAAAAAGAAAGUGUAGACGCUGACACUGGUGUUAGCGAAGUUCACCUCUCGCUUUGUUUCCAUUCAUGGGGACCGGUGCACUGUGCUGGAAACCUGUUCUAUCAAUGCUUAGUUAACCUGGUCGGCACUGUAUGGAUCUAACACAUCACUGUUAAUGAGUGAGUGAACAUGGGGGCACAGAUGUCCCUGGUGUAACUCAGGUCUCGUUGUCACCUGCUAGUAAUACACAUGGGAAGCCUUUUCAUUGCUGGUAUGCUCCUGUAAUGUUUAGAUAAAUCCCGUUUAUCUCCACACACUUCUUGUGAUAUAUAAUCAUUCAGUCUUACUAUAGCACUUAAAGACGGGGCAGUAAUACCAGUGUGGUUUUUAAGGUGAUAUGCAUGUGAUUUAUUUUUAAUAAACUUUUAUAGCUCACCCACCUGAAAUCAUCAGUAGGCUGACAUCUGACUUCACACCCUUCCCUUUGAAAAUGUAGAAUUGCAGGACAACAGAAUGCAUUUUAUAGGAAAAGGGAUAUUCUAACCAGUGGGUUAGUCUCUGUUGGACCUCAGAUGGCCAUUCUUUGGUGCUGUAUUAGGAAUGACCUUAUUCACAAUUAUCACUGUAAAGGCUCAUGCACAUGUCUGUUGGACCCGCAAAACACAGAAAGCAGCUCCUUUAUUGGAGAGAGGGAAGAAAUUAUCACAAUGGCCGCCCCCCCAAACCACGUUUACAAGUUCUGUCUGGUAUUGAAGCUCGACACCAUUCACUUGAAAAUGACACUACCAGACAUAUCCCAUGAAUACGUGUGGCACUGUUUCCAGAUAACUCCCCUUUAAUGGAGCAAUUUAAAUGAUGAAAGUGUAUUAGAGAACUGCUUUAGGAGCAAUAUCCUAAGAUACAAUAUAGGUCCAUCAUGGGCAGGCUGUAAAUCGGGCUUAUGGGAUAAGAAACAAUAUGGUCUGUCUGUUUUGUUUCCCCCCCAGAAAUGGGGCACUCUUGUGUCUGGAUUGGAGAACGGCCCCACAGGGUUGAACUGGUUUAAUACUGCACAAUCCAUGGGCAAGAGCAGCAUGGUUUCUUGGGGCAGACCAUUUUCAGCCCCUCUGAGGGGUAAGAUAUAGGAUUUAUAAAACAUAAUCUGUAAGUACAACUAAUAUGCUAUUUCAGUAUGAAUAGGAGGAAGGAAACACAUGUCUGAAUGUUCUCAUGAUGAUUCAUUCUAGAUUUGCACGUUUUUGGGGUGCAACACAUGGGGUUUGGUGUAAGUGUCUUCAGAGUGCUUCUUUUUCAGAUAUACUCUGUAGUCUGGCAGAACCUCAUGAUUGUCAGUAUCCUUCCUCCUGUAAUACAUACAAGGACUGAUCAGAACACUGCAUUAUAAGGCGGACAGUAUUCUGAAUAGCAGAUUUAGAUUUCAUAUAAAGAAGGGUCUUUCUUGUAUUUUAGUUCAAUUUGAUGACACAGUCAUUGGCUGAUCACAGAUUGCAUCUAGAAUCUCUAGCCCCUUCUACAUGCAAAGAACUUUCCCAAGUUUGUGGCCUUCCUAUACUCCUCAAUCUGCACCAACAUCAAGACUUCAGUAGCACUGUCCACCUGGAUAAUAACUUGUUCCAGUGCCACUGUCGUCUAUGAGCACAGCGUGGUAUUGCAGCUUGGCCCUGUGCAGGUGAGCUGCAAUACAAGACACUGCCUAUGGAAAACAGUGGUGGCUUUUU